UCAGUAGCAAAUUUAAACCACAACGGUGGCGGUCGGCAAUUUAAUCAAUAACAUACAACUCGAAGUUUUGUUUUCAAAAUAUAUUUAUUUAAAUUAAAACGAAAGUAAAAAAAACAGGAUCGGCAUUAAUAUUACAAGGAAACUCUUAAGUGCAUUUCUAUUUAAAAAACUCAAAUUUAAGAGAAUUUGUUUUUUUUUUUUAAUAUUCUCUGUAAAUUAUAAACAUUUAAAGAAAUGUAUGUUUAAAAAAGAAACUAACAAAAGAAAUAUAAACAAAAAGAGUGUAUUUAUUAUAUGUUGAGAAAGUAUCUCAACGAUUGUUGGUUGCACAUAAGCCAUCAACAACACAUCUCACAUCAUUAGCACUAGCAGCAGCAGCAAAAGCAGAAGUAUUUUAAACAUCAAACCGGCAAGAUCGUGAUCUUAACGUAGCGCGUUAUUUACAGCAAAUUGUUAGUAUUUACCGCUGUUUAUUUUUAUAAUCAUAAAUUUUCAAAAUAAAAUAUUCAAAAAGAAAAAAAAGUUUUGAAAAAAUAUUUAAAAAAAACAAGAUUUUAGUGUUUCGUUUGACGAAUUUUUUGCGGUCAAUUUCUGGUCUCAUAUUUAUUUCGGUGUCGGUGUAUUAUUUGUACCGAAAGUGUGUGUGUGUGUUUGUGCCAAACAUUUAAUUGCUGUUUUUGCCUCAGCUUGUUGUGUCGGUGUCGGAAAAUUAGUCAUGUUUUCUUAAUGCAAGAAAAUCUAAAAGAAAUAAAUUAUUUUUGUAAUAAUUUAAAAUUUAAGAAAAAAAAAUUCAAAAAAAGGAAAAUUAUAACAAACGACCAAUUAGUCUCGUUUGCAGCUAAAAGAACCAGUAUUUGAAUUUCAAAAAAAGAAACCUAAACUCGUCACUUUCUUCCAAUGAUGAAAUCCAAGUAUGAGAAUAUGAAAAUUAUAUACAACCGCAGUAAAUUUGGUUGGUAUUGGGCACCGGUGUUUAUAGCAUUUUGGUUUCUGCUCUUCUAUCUGACUGUCAUACCCAGUUUUCACUAUAUGCCCGAUAGCCUUCUAAUAGCCGAAGAGCCAAAUAACCCAGGACGUUUUAUAGGAGAACGUGCGGAAAAUACUUUACUUAGACUAACGAAAAUCGGUCCCAAAGUUGUGGGUAGUCCCGCCAAUGAACAGUCAGUGGUGGCCUUUUUACUAGGAGAAAUAUCUCAAAUACGCAAUGAAGCUCGUUUGGAUUUGUUCGAUAUUGAGGAGGACGUUCAAAUAGCUUCGGGCAAUUAUGUUCUCUGGAAAAUGGUCAAUUGUUAUCAGAGCAUUCAAAAUGUUGUGGUAAAGAUUACACCAAAGAAGUCGAACAGCAUUGCUUUACUGAUUAAUAGUCAUUAUGAUACGGUUCCCGGUAGUUCGGGUGCUGGUGAUGCUGGUAUGAUGAUUGUUAUUAUGUUGGAAACUAUAAGAGCUAUUACCAAAUAUGAGACUGAAUUAAUGCAUCCUGUUGUUUUUCUGUUCAAUGGAGCCGAAGAGAAUCCUUUGCAGGGUUCCCAUGCCUUUAUUACACAACAUGAUUGGGCGCAAAAUGUUAAAGCUGUUAUUAAUUUAGAUUCAGCUGGCUCUGGUGGUCGGGAAAUUCUAUUUCAAUCUGGUCCCGAUCAUCCUUGGCUUAUGAAGUAUUAUGGCGCCAAUAUUGUACACCCUUAUGCCUCAACUAUAGGUGAAGAAUUAUUUCAAAAUGGUUUUGUACCCUCCGAAACAGAUUAUAGAAUUUUCCGUGAUUUCGGCAAUAUACCCGGCUUAGAUAUGGCACAUACAUACAAUGGUUUUGUCUAUCACACAAAAUAUGAUCGUUUUAAUGCUAUACCUAGAAAAACCUAUCAAUCGACUGGUGAUAAUGUUUUGGCUUUGGUGAAAGCUUUGGCAAAUGCUCCUGAGUUAGAGGAUCCUGCAAAACAUGCAGAGGGUCAUAUGGUUUUCUAUGAUGUACUGGGCUGGUUUAUUGUUUACUAUUCCGAGCAGACUGGUCUUAUUAUCAAUAUUGUAUUGUGUGUUUUGUUUAUUAUUACUUUAUUGGCCUAUAUAUGGAAUAUGGCUCAUCACACGGGCAUGUUUAGACGUCGUAUAUUUACUAAAUUUGGCAUACUAUUUGCUAUCCAGCUAUCGGCCGUAGUGCUUACCAUUUUGGUUAGCAUAUUCAUAGCUUGGUUUUUGGAUGCUAUUGGCUUAUCGAUGACAUGGUUUAAACAAACAUGGAUUGUUUUCGGUUUAUAUUUUUGUCCCAUAUUCUUUAUUUUGGGCAUUUUGCCAGCCAUUUAUUUGGGUUACACCAAAGAACAUGGCUUGCCCUUGGCCUAUGCUUUGCAACUGCUGAUGCAUGCCCAUUGUUUAAUAUUGACCAUAAUAGCCGUGAUCAUGAUCUCAUUCGGUAUACGUUCAGCGUUUUUGAUAACGUUGAGCAUUGGCUUCUAUACGUUAUCAGUGAUCUUGAAUAUUGCUACUUGUUUCCAUAAGAAAAAUUUCCUUUGGCUUAUACCUCAUUGUAUUUGCCAGAUCUUUCCAUUCCUUUUGUAUACCUAUUUCUGUUAUGCUUUCUAUGUGAUUUUCAUACCCAUGCAGGGUCGUGAUGGUGCCAAUUCGAAUCCUGAACUAUUAAUUGGUGGUUUUACUAUGUUAAUUUGUUUGUUAUUUGCACCCUUCUUGGUUCCCUUGCUGUGCCUGUUCCGCAAAUCAAAAACUAUUAUUUCUCUAUUCGCUGCAAUUUGCCUGAUAUUCAUUAUUUUGGCGGCUACUCCGGUUGGUUUUCCCUAUGCCGAAAAAGAUGCUCCACAAAGAUUUUAUGCAGUGCACACUACACGCACUUUCCAUGAGGGAGAUCCAGCCAUGACAGUACGUCGUAAUGAUUCUGGCUAUUAUGUUGUACCCGUUGAUCGUCGACCACAUACUAUAGAUUUCAUGUUUAAAAAUCAAAAUCUCGAAAAAUCUGGCAAAGCCGAUUGUGAUACCGAAUUAAUGUGUGGCUAUCCUAUUUACAGUAGCAGAUGGUUGGGUUGGAAAGAACAAAGUUUCUUUAUACCGGCCCCAGCUCCCGCUCCAGGUGGUUGGCCUAGAAUGCAAAUAAUAUCGAAGAGGCAGACUACCUCAAGAAAUGUUUUAUUUACCUUGGAAAUCUCGGGACCCGAUCAUAUGAGCAUGUUUAUAGAACCUUUAAAAGAUACCAGAUUGGUGGACUGGUCAUUUACCAAAAUUCCUAUAGAUGAGAAAUUUGAGCCACCUUAUUUUGUUUAUUUCUCUUAUGCUUUAGAUCCCACUCCCUUGAGAUUUAAUUUAGAAUUUGAGCGUGAAAGUGCCGACUGGUCGGGUGCCACAUUCGAUAUUGCCAUUAUAGGCCAUAAGAUUCAUGAUGAAAUCUAUAAUACUCAAGAUUUUAGAUCAUUCUUAGCCUCUUUCCCCGCCUGGGCUUAUGUAAGCUCUUGGACGAGUUCUUUCGAAAGUUGGAGAUUAUAAACUUAAAUAAGUUAAGUUUAAAGUAAAACAACUCCCACUUAGCUUUAGUUAUAUAUUUAUUUAGUGAUUUAUCUGUUGCCACUGAAAAUGAACAAAGUGUUUAGAACAAUGAACGAACGAAAAACAAAACAGAGAUUUACUCUUACAGCAACAUUGUCCUUUACACCUUUUAAUUGUAAUAAAAAAAGAAAAACAAAAAAA